AUGGCGACUGCUUCUUCAUCUCGCGAGGGCCACUACAGAGGCGUGAGGAAGAGGCCGUGGGGCCGAUACGCCGCCGAAAUCCGAGACCCUUGGAAGAAGACCAGGGUUUGGUUGGGUACAUUCGACACGCCCGAAGAAGCUGCUCUCGCCUACGAUGGCGCAGCCAGAUCACUUCGCGGCGCCAAGGCCAAGACCAACUUCCCGGCCCCGGUUCCCGGCGGUCUCUCUCUGGACCUCAACAUCCCCUCCGCCGCCCACUGGGCCUCUCACUCCGGCCGCUUGGUCGAGUUCCUCCACACAGGCGUCUUGAACGACAUGAGCUGCGGCGAUGCAACACCCGAUACGACGACGUUGGCGAGCAAGAGGGAACAACCUCAACCUCCUGUUGGUGUUGUGGGAAAUGUUGGCGGCGUCGCUGGCGGUACGGUCGCAGAGGGUUCGAGUACGGCGUCGUAUUUAGGGCUUGUACGACGUGGCCUGCCUAUUGACCUCAAUGAGCCCCCACCCUUGUGGCUGUGA